CAAGUGAUCAUUAUGGGGCUACAUAGCUUAAAACCUCCUAAUAGAUAGCAUUAGUAAAAAUGAAGAGUAAUUCUGAUUGCACAGAAUUCAUUUUACGGAAUCAAACCAGAUCUCUCACACAAGGUAGGUCUCACUCCGGAGCCCAAUGUAAUAAAAAAAUGAUAAAAAAAAUAUCGACCCCACAUGGUGUGAGACUUCUGUAAGAAGUCUGUGUGAACUGAGGUCUGUAACCCCAGCUCGGUUGAAAAAUGAAUUUGAAAAAAGCAAGCUUUUAAACGCGGCCCAAUGCAGCCUGCCAUCUUCCCCUUCCCAAAUGAAACCAAGCAUAUAAACCUCCAUAUAUAGCUCAUAACUGUCAAAAAGCAUCAAAAUAGCCGUCUCUGUAUAAAAAGGCCAUAUUCCCUUCUCUACUGCAUCAAUAUUCAUAGCACUUCAAAAGCAUUGGCUUCUGUAUCCGCACACAUACACAAACUUUAAAGUGGGGUGUUGGUGUUUGUUGAUAGUAUGGUGGUGGACGUGGCAGAGGUGGUGACGGAGCUGAAGGCAACCUAUACAAGUGGCAAGACGAAAAGCUACGAGUGGCGUGAGUCGCAGUUAAAGGCCCUGAUAAAAAUGGCCAAUGAUCAUGAGAAAGAGAUAAUUGAAGCUCUCCGUUCUGACCUCAAUAAACCAGAAUUUGAAGCCUUUGUCCAUGAGAUUUCUACUGUCAAAUCAUCGUGCAAGUUGGCAUUGAAGGAAUUACGCAGAUGGAUGUCUCCAGAAAAGGCGAAAACCUCAUCAACUACAUUUCCCUCAUCAGCCGAAAUAGUUUCAGAACCCCUCGGUGUUAUAUUGAUCAUAUCAACUUGGAACUAUCCUUUUUUGUUAUCUCUUGAUCCAGUUGUUGGAGCUAUUGCAGCUGGAAAUGCUGUAGUGUUGAAACCAUCGGAAAUUGCUCCUGCCACAUCCUUGCUACUUUCAAAGCUUCUCGGGGAAUAUAUGGAUUCCUCGGCAGUGAAAGUUGUUGAGGGUGCUGUCCCUGAAACAACCGCAUUGCUGGAGCAAAACUGGGAUAAAAUAUUCUAUACAGGAAAUGGAAAGGUGGGACGUAUUGUAUUAGCUGCUGCCGCAAAGCAUCUUACCCCCGUGAUUUUGGAGCUCGGUGGAAAAUCUCCGGUGGUUGUUGAUGAGAACAUAAAUUUAGAAGUCGCCACUAGACGGGUAAUUGGAGGCAAGUGGGCCUCAAACUGUGGGCAAACCUGUGUUUCCCCUGAUUACGUAAUAACUACAAAAGCAUUUGCUUCAAAGUUGAUAGAUGCUCUGAUAUCUGAACUGGAGAAAUUCUAUGGGAAUGAACCUCUGAAAUCACUAGACUUAUCGCGCAUUGUAAAUUCCAGUCACUUCAACCGCUUGACAAAAUUAAUGGAUGAUGAGAAGGUAUUCGGUAAGAUAGUCCAUGGAGGUCAACAGGAUAAAACCAAUCUAAGGAUUGCUCCAACUAUUUUGUUGGAUGUUCCAGAAGAUUCUAUGAUCAUGAACGAGGAGAUAUUUGGUCCUUUACUUCCCAUUAUCACGGUCGAUAAAAUUGAAGACAGUAUCAAUGUUAUCCAUGCUAGAGAGAAGCCUCUUGCUGCUUAUUUAUUUACGAAUGACAAAAAGCUAAUGGAUGAGUUCGUAGGAAGUGUCUCAGCAGGCGGUUUGUGCAUUAAUGACACUACUCUGCACCUUGCAGAGUCAUCUUUACCAUUUGGAGGCAUAGGGGGAAGUGGAAUGGGAUCAUACCACGGGAAAUUCUCUUUUGACGCUUUCAGCCAUAAGAAGGCAGUUUUACGACGUAGUUUUGCUGGAGAUAUAUCUGCAAGGUACCCACCAUACACAACUAGGAAGCUUCAACUUCUGAAGGCACUGCUGAAUGGCAGUAUACUUGGGAUUCUUCGAGCUUUAUUUGGUUGGUAAGAUCCAACCGUGUUUUAGCUAUUCCAUUUGGUCGAACACUUACAUCAGCAGUAAAAGGUCUGUGUUAAGUAUGUGCUUUUAUGAUAGAGAAUAAUGUAUUGUGGCUAAUUGGCUCCACAUUUAUUUGAACUGUUAGGCACCUUAGAAAAUUUUGUAUAUAUUUUGCAUUGUCUGAAACAACAAUUUUCAAUAUAAAUCUAUUUCAUUACGUAUUCA